AUGAAAUCUAGAGGAGGCGGUCACAUCUCUUUUGUUUCCUCUGCAGCUGGUCAAUUUGCGAUUUGGGGAUAUACAGCGUAUUCUGCCAGCAAGUUCGCUCUCAGAGGCUUCGCGGAUGCGCUUCAAAUGGAGCUCGAACCGUAUAACAUCAACAUCUCGGUGUUAUGUCCACCUAAUACGGAUACGGAUUACUUUAGGAGUUUCCACACUUCAACGAUGCCUGUAAUUAUGCGCAAAAUGACUGCAGUUGCUGGAUUGGUGUCCGCUGAAGAAGUCGCUAGAGCACACAUUAGAGAUAUAGAGAAUGGCAAUUACUUGACCACAAAUGGUUUGAUGGGAUGGUUCUUAGGACUGGUUACGGCUGGGGCAUCUCCAGAAAGAAGUAUGUUGCAAGCACUUGCACAGUUCUACCUUGGUGCCUUGGGACGAAUAGGUGUUCUUGCCAUUAUUGGGCAUUUUAAUUCACUCUCCAGAGAUCAGGCUAGUCAGAGACGGAAAGAGAGUGAACGUGCUUCAUUGCCUGGCGCAACAGUCCAAUCAUAUUGACUCGGCUAUCCCACGCUUGGCCUUGACUCUUUCACCACUGCUCCUACAGGGUGUUCCAAAAAAUGUGCCUACUGUUUGAUCGUUAUUAACUCUCUUGUAGCGAAGUCUUUCGAGAAGCUUUAGGUACCGUUUUGUAGAACAGCUUUCAACUUAGAUUUACAGUAUAGAGCGAAUCAACGAUCACAAGUGUCACUGGGAAAAAGCUGCCAUUUCAA